AUGAUGGCUACAAGUACUAUGACUACAGCAUAUAAUCUUAUUGAUAUUGGAGCAAAUCUUACACAUAGAUCAUUUAAACAAAAUAUUCAACAAGUACUAGAACGAGCAGCGAAAGCUCAAGUUUCAGAUAUUAUUAUUACGGGUACAAGUUUAUCAGCUAGUCGUGAAGCAAGUCAUCUUGCUACAAAAUAUAACCAAGAACAACAACUGGUUAAACUUUACUCGACUGUUGGUAUUCAUCCACAUGAUGCUACUCGUCAUUCAACAUAUAAUUAUCGAGAACAACUUGUAGAUUUAUUACAAACAAAUAAAACGAAUGUUGCUUUAGGAGAAUGUGGUCUUGAUUUUGAUCGUAAUUUUUCAUCACCUGAUGAUCAACGACGUGUAUUUGAUACACAAUUACAACUUGCUUGUGAAUUUAAUCUUCCAUUAUUUAUGCAUGAACGAUCAGCUUCAUCAGAUAUGUUAUCUCUAUUAGAAAAAUAUUCCGAACAUAAAAAUUUUCGUGGUGUUAUUCAUUGUUUUACUCAUGAAUCUCUUGAUGUUCUUCAACAAUAUCUUUCUCUCAAUCUUUAUAUUGGAAUAACUGGUUGGGUAUGUGAUGAACGACGUGGUAAAAAUUUAGCAAAAUUAAUUCCACAUAUACCAUUAAAUCGUCUCUUAAUUGAAACUGAUGCACCAUUUUUAUUACCACGAAAUACUCCAAAACCUUGGCCAAAAACUAAUGAACCAAGUUAUUUACCAUAUGUAGUAGCAAAAUUAGCCGAAUGUUAUUCUAUUUCAACUAAUGAAAUUGCUAAACAUUCAACGGAAAAUGCAAAACAAUUAUUUAAUUUAUAA